GCCGCGCUCUCUCCGUGCUCAGCAGCCGUCCGCGGGCCCGGGUCUCCGUCUGAAAGCUGUUGGCGGACACUCCCUGCCCGUGUCCAGUUCCUGGCAGUGACACGGUUCACUGAGGUGACCGAGAGACUCGCAGCGGGACGGAGACAGACGACAGAGUCAGAGAGGAGGAAGGCUGACAGACUGAGAUAGUGCGUCUGACACUAUCACUCAAACUUCUGAGUAAAACGCCACUUCCCCAUGCAGCGGCAGGGAUGUUUGUGGCGAGAGUUUCCUGUCUCAGCCGUCCUGCCGUGACACAAGAGUUGUGCCGCGCAGUUGCACCAAGCGGUUUGGCAAGCACAUGUUGAUGUAAAGACGCUCGGGGCGGCGUGCGGGCGUGUGGGAUGAGAGCAAAGCGAAGGCAGCAGGCAGGAUGGAUGAGCUGGUGGUGUACGUGAGCCUGGAGCUGCUGAUCGCCUGCCUGGCCGUGGCCGGGAACGUCCUGGUGUGCUGGGCCGUCUGCCUCAACUCCAACCUGCAGAGCAUCACCAACUUCUUCGUGGUUUCGCUGGCAGUGGCCGACAUCGCCGUGGGGCUGCUGGCCAUCCCGUUCGCCAUCACCAUCAGCACCGGCUUCUGUGCCAACUUCCACGGCUGCCUGUUCAUCGCCUGCUUCGUCCUGGUCGUCACGCAGAGCUCCAUCUUCAGCCUGCUGGCCAUCGCUGUGGACCGCUACAUCGCCAUCAAGAGCCCGCUCAGGUACACCAGCCUGGUGACGGCGCAGAGGGCGAAGGCCAUCAUCGCCGUGUGCUGGGUCCUCUCGGUCGGGAUCGGCCUCACACCCAUGAUGGGCUGGAACACAGGCGUGACCACCAGGAACAGCAGCAGAUGUCAUGAAGGCCUGACUGAGUGCCUGUUUGAGGAGGUCGUCACCCUGGACUACAUGGUCUACUUCAACUUCUUUGGCUUUGUGCUGGUCCCCUUGCUGGCCAUGCUGGUCAUCUACGCCCACAUCUUCAUGGCCGCGCGGCGCCAGCUCCGGCUGAUCGAGCUCAAACUCGCCCACGUGCCCGUCCACAGAGAGGGCACGACGUCCUCCGGCUCCUCUCGCUCGACGCUGCAGAGGGAGGUGCACGCCGCCAAGUCGCUGGCCAUCAUCGUGGGUCUGUUCGCCCUCUGCUGGCUGCCGCUGCACCUUAUCAACUGUUUCAACCUGCUGUGUCAGGACUGCGAGCGUCCGCACAUAUGGGUCAUGAACAUCGCCAUCAUCCUCUCCCAUGCCAACUCCGUCGUUAACCCUUUCAUCUACGCCUACCGCAUCCGGGAGUUCAGACACACCUUCCGGAGGAUCGUGCAUCGACACAUCCUGCGGCAGAGGGACAGAUGUGGCAGUGGGGUCGGCGGCGGCGGCGGUGAUAGGUCGGCCGGCAGCAGCAGUAUGAUGCGGACUCCCUCCCGAAACAGUAUGGCGGAGGCUUCAUCGUGCGGCACCAUGGUAAAUAGCUACGUUGUGGACUCCGGCCCAGACCUGAGUCCGCCUAAACCCUCUCAUGGAGCCUCCAGCCGACGGACAGCGAGGCUAGAUGCUGCUCCAAUCUGCAGCAUCGCCAAUGGACACCAUGUCGGGGAUUGCACCCCGUCACCCUCGCAGCAGGAACCCUAUAUCAUGUCAUUUUCUGCAGACGAUGAAGUGGAAUCCAUUACGUAUGUGGAGGGAACGACAACAGUUUUGGAGGUAAAAGACAACAGAGGCGGCAUUUCUUUUGUGAACGUCCAGCCUCUCUCCCUGACACACAGCGGCCCGGCCCGCCCUGCAGAGCUCACAGAGGUCUCAUGAUGGAGGAUUUCAUUCACAUAAUCUAUUUUUGUUGAUGAGCUUGUGUGUAUUACAGACUAACUGUGGACUCCUGUGUGUAUCAUACAUUAAUGUGGGACCAACAAAACAAAACAACAAAUCGCAUCAUCUUCAGACCAGCAUCUUCAAUUUUCAGAUG